GACGAAACGCCUCCUCCUUGAACCUCCACAUCCACUUCGACUUGCUAGCUGCCAGGAUGCCCAACUGCUAGGUACUAGCUACUAGAUCACAUUCAGGCUGCCUCGCCACAUGCUCGAAUAGGCCAUAGAUCAUCUUGAUCACUCCCUUCGAGCCGCCCCUCUUCCGUAAUUCACCGAUUCGAGGACAUCGACACCCCUGACAGGUAAUAGCGAUCUAACGAUCACGAGCGAGCUUUCGACACUCCACGCACGGUCGUCCAACUUCGGCUCACUCGCAGAUCUGGUCCGAUCGUCUCAUCUGACCUGUAGCUCGUAGCGAGGGGAAAGCAAGGUCGGAUACCAUGAACUAUAUCCAGCUAGAGAAGUUAGGCGAAGGGACCUACGCGACGGUGUACAAGGGUCGUUCCCGGACGACGCAAGAGAUUGUCGCGCUCAAAGAGAUUCACCUGGAUGCCGAGGAAGGCACGCCUAGUACGGCCAUCAGGGAGAUCAGCUUGAUGAAGGAGUUGAAGCACCCGAAUAUAGUCAGGCUGCACGAUGUGAUACACACCGAGACCAAGUUGAUUCUCAUCUUCGAGUAUUGUGAGCACGAUUUAAAGCGGCACAUGGAUCUGCACGGGGAUAGGGGUGCGCUGGAUCUCCAGGUCGUCAAGAGUUUCAUGCACCAGCUGCUCAAGGGUAUCGCGUUCUGCCACGACAACCGGGUCUUGCAUCGAGAUCUCAAACCGCAGAACUUGUUGAUCAACAAGCGAGGAGAGCUCAAGAUCGGGGAUUUCGGGUUGGCCAGGGCGUUUGGUGUGCCGGUGAAUACGUUUAGUAACGAGGUAGUCACGCUGUGGUACCGAGCGCCGGACGUUUUGCUCGGAUCGAGAACUUACAGCACUAGCAUCGAUCUUUGGAGCGCGGGCUGCAUCUUUGCCGAGAUGAUCUCGGGGGUGCCCAUCUUCCGAGGACGGGACAAUACCGACCAGCUAAACCAGAUCAUCCGGGUUUUGGGAACGCCGGACGAUAGGACGAUGAGGAAGAUUAUGCAGGAUUCCCCCGAGGUUCAAGGUCGAGCUCUGCAUCGAUACCCCCGCCAGGACCUUCGCGGCCUGAUCCCGAGGGCUCCGAAGGAGGCUAUCGAUCUGCUCGAGGGACUGUUGGAGUUUGAGCCAUCGCAGCGUUUGACAGCUCACGAGGCACUGCGUCAUCCGUAUUUCCUCUCAAACACGGCCAGUCCCGGAUUGGCCAGUAAUGGGGCCGUUUCGGCACAACAGCAACAACAGGCAGCCAUGCUGCAUCAGCAGGCAAUUAUCAGACAGCAACAGGAGCAGGCCAUCCGCGCGCAAAUGCAACAGCAAUCUGCUCAACAGCAGUAUCAGCAACAGCAACAGUCGACCGCUCAGCAGUCGGCACACCAGCAGCGCCUCUUGCAACAACACCAACAGCAGCAUAUGAACGAACUCGCUGCGCAGCAGCAAGCGGCGGCGAGGCAACAACAGGCUUAUUACGGACAACAGCAGCAGCAACAGCAACAGCAACAACCGCCUUCGGGCUACUAGAUACCCUUGCCGGGGCUGACGAGAGCAAUGGAAAUGAAAAU